AUGGAGACGUUUGGCGCGGCGGUGGACGGCGAGGACGAUUUCCUCGACCAGCAACCAGACCAAGGUGACGACUUCAUGUCCGACGAUGACGAUGAAGACUACUUUAUGUCCGACGAUGAUGACGAUUACUGGUCGACGCAAGGUGACGACGACGACUUCAUGUCCGACGACGACAACGAGGACGAGGAGUACCCCUUCCCCGUGCACGCACCGCCAGCAGCGGCGUCCGAGGCGGCGAUCGCGGCGCUGGAGGCGGCCGAGGCUCCGGCCGACGACUGCUGCCCGGUCUGCCUGCAGGACGGCGGGGAGGCGCCGGUGCCGGAGCCGGCAGCGCGGCCGUGGAGCCGGGUAGCGCCGUGCGGGCACCGGUUCCACGCCACGUGCGUGGAGAAGUGGCUGAGGGUGAAGCUGAGCUGCCCCGUGUGCCGGUGCCCGGCUGCCGUCCCUCCUGCACCCACCGCCGCGCGCCGCCGUGACGCUGCGCCGGAGCCCCCGCGCCCGAUCCCGGACAUCGUGGAGGAGUUCUUGGCGAUGGGUUACGAGGAGUCUCUCGUGUUCGACAAGAGCCCGCGGUGGAUGGAGUACAUGGCCGACCUUCACCAGGAAUUCUUCCCUUUGGCCGGUGCAGCAUGA